AAUACUCAAUGAGUCCCAAUCGCUCAGAAUAGAGAUUUGACGAACAAUAAUCCUCUCACCUUUUCAAGACCAACGCUUCAAGUAUUGACCGGUCGCUGGUGUGUAUCCCUCGGAUUUGGACUCUGACAUCGCCACUAUGAAGGCUGCAAGAUACUAUGGCAAGGAAGACAUUCGCAUUGAGCAAAUUCCCGAACCAAGUGUCCGCCCAGGUCAGGUCAAGAUAGCUCCCGCCUUCGUGGGUCUGUGUGGAACAGAUCUACAUGAAUAUCUCGGUGGGCCGAAUUUCUGCCCCGUCAAUCAUCAUCCUAUCACCGGCGAGACUAUCCCCGUCACCCUCGGCCACGAGUUCUCCGGCGUCAUAACGGAAAUUGGGCCUGGAGUCACAGGCUUCGAGGUCGGCCAAGCAUGUGCCGUCCAGCCUACUCUCUUCUGUGGGCAUUGUGCAGCGUGUAAGCAUGGCGCUGAGAACGUUUGCCAUACCGGCGGCUUCGUCGGCCUUAGCGGGGGAGGUGGAGGUUUGAGUCAAGCCAUCUGUGUCAACGCGACUCAUGUGUUCGCUCUCCCUGAAGGCCUUGAACUCGAGACCGGCGCGCUUGUCGAGCCUCUCUCCGUAGCCUGGCACGCACUUUCUGCAGCUCCGGAGAUUAACCCUGCAUCUAUCGUUUUGGUCAUCGGAGGUGGCCCAAUCGGCCUAGCCAUGGUCCUCUGUCUGAAAGCGAAGGGCGUCGAGAAGAUUGUUGUCUCGGAGGUUGCCGCUUCUCGCCAAAAUUUCGCGAGGCAGUUUGGCGCGACACAAGUUGUCAAUCCUGUGAAUGAAGACGUCACGAAGGCAGUGCUAGCUAUUAGCAACGGGAUAGGUGUUGAUGUGGCUUUCGACUGCGCUGGGGUUCCUGCCAGUAUCAAGAGCGCUUGUACAUGUGUCAAGGCUAAGGGAAGCGUGGUCAACGUCGCUAUCUGGGAAAAGGAAAUUCCCUUCAACCCGAAUUGGGUGACGUGGAAGGAGUGCACCUUCAGGUCUGUUCUCGGAUAUAAAAGAGAGGACUUCGAAGCUGUCAUCGAGAAUUUAAGAACAGGGGCUAUCAAACCAAACGGCAUGAUCACAGCAAAAAUCAAAUUCAAUAAUGUUGUCGAGGAUGGUAUCAAAAGGCUCAUCUCAGAUAAAGAAAACCAGGUAAAGAUACUUGUUGAUAUAAACGCUUGAUGAUCUAUACAGAGCGGGGGUUCGAGGCGUGGUGAGGGUCUAUGUAGGUAGCGUAAGACUCCGUGAUGCCAAGUCCGCAAGUCCUUUGGGGAACCCUUCUGUUGACACGACUGAACCCCUACAGUGGCACAUACAUCUUGAUGGCAACCGUCAAUGUAUCUUGGGUUACUAGGCAGAGAAUCAACGCCCUCAAAGGUGCAUAUGAUAUUGUGCACGAUCAUCUUCAACUCGUGUCUAAUGUAUAAACAGAGGCAUGCCUGAUUUUGCGCACAGUU